GGGUGACUGGUUGGGCGGCGCGGGGGAUUGCUUGCUUUGGGCAGGGUGUGUCCAAUUGUGGUCCAACUUUGUACGAGUCGGUGUCGAUGUGUGGCCGUUGACAGUUUGUGGGUUGUCGAAUUUCACGAAUCUCGUCAAACUCGUUAUCGACUUAUUGUUGGCCGGGCUCAAACAAGUGAACCCAAGAUGGCGGACUGGUGUCGGGUAUGCGCGGCGCUGCUGCUGCUGCUGCUGCUGCUGCUACUACUACUGCUGCUGUCGUCUGAAGUUGUCUGGCUGUCGUCCGGUGUUGCUGACGGUCGGACGGCGGGCGGGGCGGGGAUACUCGGCCUGCAGAUGCCAAAUGAGAAUUGGAGACAAGGAAGGACGCAACGAAAGUUCAGGGAAGCAUAUGAUUGUCUAGGACUGCUUCGUGACUGCUGUCGGGCGGCUGUUGCUUUCUGCAUCUGCUGCACUGCACACUUACAAGAGGCCCGGCAGCACAUGCACUUUUCGGCUUCUAGACAGACAGCGGGAGCGCCUGUGAGAGGCUUCAAGUUCACUUCACCUGCCCACUUUUUGUUCAACCGCCGGCGGCAACGGAACGGCGAUGGCGGGGACACUCUGCACGGGAGACUGACAGGGACCAGGGCGCCACCACCUCUUCAACCUCUUCCCUCGUUUCCUCUUGACUUUGGCAUCAUGUCGUCGAGGUUGCUUCCAACACCCGCUCUGGACCUUAUUCGAAUGUAUGUAGACGUCAACUCGAGGGCAUUCCAGGUUCCGACCCUGGACUGGCCUGGCAUCUUGGAGAACGAGUCUGCGUGCAACCUCUGCGGCUUUCUGUUCGACAGUACACCACAAUCUUUGCUUGCCCGCGUCAAUCACGGCCGGGACAACCCCUCCUCCUACGCACAGUGA